UGACUGUUGGAUUACACUGUCGAUUAAUUGGUCGUCCUGGUCGAAUCUCUUCUUUAGUUCGAUUUAUUAAUUACAUACAAGGUCAAGACAAAGUGUGGGUUCCAACUCGACUUGAAAUUGCUCUUCAUUGGAAAAAAACACAUCCAUAUGUUAAACCAGAUCUUAUUCCAUCACAACUUGAUCGAGAAACCUUUAUCAGUCGAUUUGGAUUAAUAUUUGAACAAUCAUCAUGGAUUGCAGAACGUGCUUUCGAUGGUGAACUUGCUCCAGCUAAUAAUACAGCACAUGGACUACAUUUUGCACUUCGAACACAGUUUCGUGCUGCAUCAGAUGAUGAACGACUGAAAGUAUUAGUGGCACAUCCAAAUUUAGCUCGAAAACUAGCUGUUUUAACAUGUUUAACUGCUGAAUCAACAAAUGAACAUUUAUCAUCUGAUCUUGAUAUGUUAACUGAUGAAGAACGAGAAAUAUUUACUGAUUUAAAUGAGAAAUAUACUACGAAAUUUGGUUUUCCAUUUAUAAUUGCAGUGAAAGACAAUACAAAAGCAAGUAUACUUGAUGCUAUCAAACGUCGAUUAGAGAAUGAUCGUGAAAACGAAUUUCAGAUAGCUUGUACACAAGUGGAACGUAUUACUUAUUUACGUCUGAAAGCUUUCCUAUUAGAUUAA